AUCGCGAUGCUUUUUGGCCGGAAGACUCUGCAGCCGCCGCCGAGGAGUUGCUGCGAUAUAUUAUAACGCGGUUAUUUCCACACCACACGCCCGGGGACCGGCGCUAUGUGCGGAGGCUGUGUGCAGGAGGAGUACCCGGACCGGGGUAGCACGUGUCUAGAGACAGGCUCCUUUCUGCUGAACUACGUGAGCUGCGCUCAGUGCAAUAAACGAGACUUCGUCCUGAUAGCCAACAAAGCAACAGCAGACGAAGAUGGCGAGGAGAUAAUCACAUUUGACCAUAUGUGUACAAACUGUCAUCAUGUGAUUGCCAAACACGAGUAUACAUUCAGCGUCGUGGAUGACUAUCAGGAGUACACCAUGCUCUGUAUGUUAUGCGGAAGAGCAGAGGAUUCCAUCAGCGUCCUUCCUGACGAUCCACGGCAGACAGCACCCCUCUUCUGAAGAUCCUUUGCCAAGAGACCCCAUGUUUUUUUUAUACUUCUUCUGUACAUGGCUGUUGUUACAGGAGGUGUAUCACAAUCACACUCUUAAUGAUCUCUUUAAAAAGAGUACACAGGAUUUGUACAGCCCUUGUCAAUGCGUGUGGCGUGUGCAUUGUGUUGCUUCUCUGUAUGAUUUGGUUCCCAAAGUAAAGGUCAACUUUCAUUGAAAGUGUUAUUUAACGUUACUACAAA